AUGCCCAGACUAGGUGAUGUAGCUGCUGCUUUGCUGAGCACCUUCGCUUUGCUGCUCGGUGGCCUCCUCAGCAUAUGUACCUUCCUUUACGGAACAGGGGAUCGUGUCGACCGUUUCCGCUAUGGCAAGCACUCCAACUGCCUCGUAAGAGUUGCAUUCUUGUUUUUUGUCCUCGGCGUCGUGGCGCUGGCGGCUUUGACAACGCACCACAGCUUGGCUGGGUUUUGGUGGACCGCACUCAUUGUUUGGCCCCUGACCUGCUGUUGCAACACCUGCUGGAUCUACGGUGCCAAAGUGGAGGCGGAAGAGGGUUGCUACUUGACCACCGAGGAGCGAGAGAUGCAAGACAAGGAGCAGCAACAAGCACGCCAGGAGGUCCUUCAGCGCACCAUUGUCUUUGAAGGCUCCGUGCUGGAAUGGGUGGGGCGCCCAUGCGUGUGUUCAUGGCCUGGAAAGUAUGAGGGCGCGUGGGAUUCUCUCGUCUCCUCCAGCCGGAAUGGGGAUGUCAGCGCGGCUGUCGUGUUCUUGCCGGAUGGUACCGCGGAUUUCGGACAUCACGCAGAGAUACCCGAUGCCGAAGGCAUCGUUGGAGAGUGCUGGUGCGUGCCGCUCUACGGCGAACAGAAGCCCUGGGGUUGCCGCUGGUGGAGCCACUGGAUUGCGAACAUCGAGGAGGCCGUGAAAAAGAAUGCCGAGCUGGAGGUCUACUACUUCGUGGAUCACGUAGGCAGAGGUAAGGCACAGAGCUUUUCCACCGCCGGAGAGGAGUACGUUCGCAGGGAGACGCUGAACAGGCGCUUGGACGGGUUCAAAGAGACCCAGCAGUUCAAGGCCUCGGGGGCUCCACGAAGUGCCGGGGGGACGGCUCUUCCGCCUACAGCCGCGAGCUCCAUCGGCUUUUUCUCGCCUGGCUGCCAGAAGAAGACCGGGAAUUUCUGGAAGCUGCUGAAGGUUUGGGGAACUCCCAAAAGGCCGAGGUGGCGUGGCUUGAGCGCAAGGGCUACCGUUACACAGAAAGAGACGUCUCGCCAUGGUUGUCCAAGAAUGAAUCGAAGAUUCCUGUCGAAGAGGUGGUGCCAGCACCUACACUGCAAGGCCAACAGCCGCGGGCUGCAGGUGAUGUAA